UCUUUGAAGCAUAUCUCUACCUCCAGCUCCCUCUUGUGUAUUUUCUGUUCAAACUUCUCCUGGUCAGGUGAGCCCUGACCAGCAGCUUCAGCAGAGGGGCAGCACAUCGUCUGUCAGACAGAGAAUGACUGAAGGCACAUCAGGUGCUGGUUUUGGACCAGCCCUCUUCACCGCCGCAGCCUCAGCAGCAGCAGCAGCAGGAGGAGGAGAAUCGGGAUCUCAAGAUGGUUGCAGCGCACAGUUCUUCGCACUCAUCGGAAUCUACAGAGUGGAUUAUUUGUCUGGAUAAGAGACCAGCAGAACGCUCAGGAGAAGAUGUUGACAUCAUCCUGGCCCAUCUGAAAAAUGCCAAGGCCUUCGAGAAGUUCCACCCCAGUCUGCUGCAGCAGAUCUGCCUGUGUGGAUUUUAUGAGUGCUUGGAGAAAGGCAUUACCUUGUAUCGUCAGGGAGACAUUGGCACCAGCUGGUAUGCCGUCCUGUCUGGUUCACUGGAUGUCAAAGUUUCAGAGACCUCAAGUUAUCAGGAUGCUGUCACCAUUUGCACACUGGGGACCGGCACAGCAUUUGGGGAGUCGAUCCUGGAUAACACCCCUCGACACGCCACUAUUGUCACUCGGGAAUCCAGCGAGCUCCUACGCAUCGAGCAGAGGGCGUUCAGGUCUUUGUGGGACAGAUAUCAUCAGUGCAUGGCUGGACUGCUCACCCCACCCUAUGGUGCGAUGGAAAGUGGUUGUAGUGCUGACAGAAUGCCGGACAAAGAGAACAUAAGCAACAACUCAUUCGUCUCAGUCUCCAAACACCAGAAUAAGAAAUCAUUCAUUGAAAGUCCAGCCAAACUCCACCUUACAUGCAUUUCUCAGGUCCCCUCUGAGAAGAUCCUGCAGGCGGGGAAGAUCCUCCGCAACGCCAUCCUCUCCAGGGCACCGCACAUGAUCAGAGACAGGAAGUACCAUUUAAAGACGUACAGGCAGUGCUGUGUGGGAACCGAGUUGGUCGACUGGCAGAUGCAGCAGAGCUCAUGUAUCCACUCUCGUAUUCAGGCUGUGGGUAUGUGGCAGGUGCUGCUGGAAGAGGGUGUUCUCAACCACGUGGACCAGGAGCUCACCUUCCAGGACAAAUACCUCUUCUACCGCUUCCUCGAUGACGAGCAGGAAGAUGCUCCUUUCCCCAAUGAGGAGGAGAGGAGGGAGAGCCAAGAGGAGCUGCAGGACACCUUGCUCCUCCUGUCACAGAUCGGACCUGACGCCCACAUGAGAAUGAUUCUCAGGAAACAUCCGUCUGAAAGGUCAGCAGAUGAUUUGGAGAUCAUUUAUGAAGAGCUGCUGCAUAUAAAGGCUUUGUCUCACCUAUCCACCACUGUGAAGAGAGAACUCGCAGGAGUGCUGAUCUUUGAGUCCCAUGCAAAGUCAGGGACUGUGUUGUUCAGUCAGGGGGAGGAGGGCACAUCAUGGUACAUUAUUCUGAAGGGAUCAGUCAAUGUUGUCAUUUAUGGAAAAGGGGUUGUUUGCACUCUUCAUGAAGGAGACGACUUUGGGAAGCUUGCUCUCGUUAACGACGCCCCCCGCGCUGCCUCCAUUGUCCUGCGAGAGGACAACUGUCACUUCCUGAGAGUAGACAAGGAGGACUUCAACAGGAUUCUGAGGGAUGUAGAGGCCAACACAGUGCGUCUGAAGGAGCACGGUCAGGAUGUUCUGGUGUUAGAGAAAAGUCUGAGCAGCAGUCGAGCCUCCGGCCAUGGAGCCUCCUCCUCACACUUUAAAUACAAGGUGAUGUCGGGGACCCCGGAGAAGAUUUUGGAGCACCUCCUCGAAAUGAUGAGAUUGGAUUCUCAAUUCACAGAGUCAGAUGCAGCCUUAGAUGACUUUGUCCUCGUGCACUGUGUCUUCAUCCCAAACACUCAGCUGUGUCCGGUGCUGAUGGCCCACUACCACGCCCAGGCCCUGCAGGGAUCUGAACAGGAGAAACUGGACUAUACACUGAACAACAAGCGCAGGGUGAUCCGCCUGGUGAUGCAGUGGGCUGCAGUACAUGGAGAUCACCUGCAGGAGGAGGACAUGUCGGUGGCCUUCCUAGAGGAGUUUCUUGUGGCUGUUUCUCAUGAUGCCAAAGUGAUUUCAGCACUCAGGGAUCAGCUAGCAGAGCUGGAGAGAAUUGUAAAGCAGAACUCUGAAGAUGCCAGAGUCUCACAGAAAAAGCACAAAGUCCUUCUGCGACAGUUCAGUAUGGGAGACGAGAAGCUUCAAAGACGCCAGCCGAUCAAGAGUAAUGAUGAAAUUCUGCUCAAAGUCUACUGCUGUGACCACACCUACACAACAAUCCGGGUCCCUGUCGUGGCCUCAGUCAGGGAGGUCAUCGGUGCCGUGGCCGACAAGCUGGGGUCAGCUGAGGACCUGCUCCUUGUCCACCUCAGCUCUGCAGGAGAGAAAGUCAUCUUCAAGCACAAUGACGUUUCAGUAUUCUCCACUGUCAGUGUUAAUGGUCGGCUGUUUGCCUGCCGGAGGGAUCAGCUGGACUCUUUGACGCCUUUACCUGAGCAGGAGGGUCCCUCUUCAGGGUUUCUGACCAGCUUUGAGUUAAUGAGCUCUAAAGAUGUGGCCUACCACAUGACCUCCUAUGACUGGGAGCUUUUUAACUGUGUACAUGAGCUUGAACUCAUCUAUCACACAAUUGGGAGGCAAAACGUGAAGAAAACCACGGUGAACCUGGAUUUGUUCCUGAGGAGGUUUAAUGAAAUCCAGUUCUGGGUGAUCACAGAGAUGUGUCUGUGCUCUCAGUUCAGUAAGAGGGUGCAGCUUCUCAAGAAGUUUAUCAAGAUCGCCGCCCACUGUAAGGAGUACAAGAACCUGAACGCCUUCUUUGCUAUCGUUAUGGGACUGAGUAACCCGGCAGUGUGCCGAUUGAACCAGACCUGGGAGAAACUUCCCAGCAAGUUCAAGAAGUUUUACGGGGAAUUUGAAAACCUGAUGGACCCGUCCAGAAACCACAGAGUGUACCGACUCACUGUAGCCAAGCUGGAUCCUCCCAUCAUUCCCUUCAUGCCACUGCUGAUCAAAGAUAUGACCUUUACUCAUGAGGGCAACAAGACGUUUAUCGACAAUUUGGUCAAUUUUGAGAAAAUGCGGAUGAUAGCCAACACAGUGAAGAUACUCAGAUACUGCAGGAGCCAAACAUUUGGUCCAGACUCCCCUCAAGCGAGCAAAAACCACCCAGGUAUACGGACUUACGUGCGUCAGCUCCACGUGAUCGACAACCAAAGGACUCUAACUCAGCUGUCUCAUGCACUCGAGCCACGCAGGUCUUGAAACCACUCAGGAAGACAAACGUUACUCUCUGAUGCUGAUCCAUGAUGUCGCGUGUGUGUUUACAUUGGGAUGAAUCGACUCCAGCACAGGCAAUCACAUGGAGGAGCUAAUGACGUGUCAGAUAAUGAGACAUUGUUUCUGACCCUUUCAUUACUCAUUUGUCAUAUUUGAACAACAGUAAUUGUUGUUGGAUGAAGUACCUCUCAUAUCACUCUGCUGCAGAUAUCUCCAUCCUCACAAAGUCAAAAACAAGAGCAACAAUUUAAGAGAUUAAAGAUCUUUAGUGGGUCUUAUUCAUAAGAUUAACAUUUGAUGCUUUAAAAGUGCAAACUUCAUAUUUAUGAUACUCAGUUGUUUCGUAUCUUUUGUAUUCAAACAAUAUUUAUACAUAUUUAAGUGUAUGAGAUUCUCAUGUGUUGUAAACUGUAAACAGAUAUUUAUUUUGACCUGAGCAUGCUAAGAGUUGUUCUGAUUAUUUUAUUUAUGUGAGCACAUUUCUCUUUGAAGUCUGGGAUACAGUAAAUGACCAAAAAAACCUUUUCUGUGCUGUAAAUAUUAAAUAUUUUAGAUGUU